AUGGCACCUCGUAUCUUUUGGGGAAGCCAAAUUAGGACCCUAAGUUCGGAUGCUACAGGUUUGGAGGAAGCGCUGUUGAAGCCAAGAUGGCUGAGCAAGGAGGUGGAAGCACUCUCGCUGCCUUUGGGGCCCUCCCUUCUCACUGCGCUGGCUGCUCUCAGCGCGCGUGAGAACGGCGCCCCUUUGCUACGACUGCGGCUUGUGGCAGAAGUCCCUGGCAAGGUCCACGGCAUUGUUACACGCUACAGCUGGCCCCGCUCGGGAUCUGCAGGUCGAAGCUGGGACGCCAGGCUGGCCGGUGUAGUCUGGCCAUGCGAAGGUGGAAACCGACCACCAUGCCUGGAGGUUGGUGACGUGGUGGUCGUAACAGUUGAAUACGACCCAGCUCGCGGCCUCCUUGUGCCGUCCUGA